AUGGCAGUGAGUCUCAGGAAUGGAAGAGAUUUAGACAGGGAGCAAGAAGUUGCUCAAUCUAGGAGAGAGACAACGCCAACUACUCUUGUUGACAAGAGUGAGGAGAAGGAAGGUGAGCAACUCCCAGAACAGGUGAUAGAAAAAGCUUCUAGCAAAGAAAAGACACAAGGACCUGCCCACUGUAACUCUAACGCAGACCUACAACGCAUAGUGACAAGGCCUAUGGCUCAAAAGGUGUCUGAUCCAGGUAGUUUCACUAUCCCAUGCACCAUUAGGAGUUAUGCUUUUGCUAAAGCAUUGUGUGACUUGGGAGCCAGUAUAAAUUUGAUGCCCUUAGCAAUCUAUACAAAACUGGGCAUUGGCAGAGCUAGACCGACCUCAAUGUUGCUGGAAUUGGCUGAUCGGACAGUCAAAAGACCGACAGGAAUUCUUGAUGAUGUGCUUGUUCAAGUGGGGAAAUUUGUAUUCCCUGCAGACUUUGUCAUUCUUGACUGUCAAGUGGAUGAAGAGAUACCAAUCAUUCCGGGAAGGCCGUUUUUAGCCAUUGGGAGAGCAUCGAUUGAUUGUGAGAUUGGAGAACUGAAAAUGAGGUUGAACAAUGAAGAAAUAAUAUUUAAUGUUUAA